CGUCGUUGUGUCAAAGUAUUUGUUGUGUGUGCGUGUGUGCGUGUGUGCGUGUGCAUACGGUGGUGCUCGAAUGAUUUCGCGGAGAGUGUGUGUGCACGAGACACAUAUGCAACUCUACACUAAUCGCCGUUUAGUCUAGCAAAAUAUGAAAUCGGCGUGAUAUACGCGCGCGUAGUACGACAAUCGCAGAGACCGAAGUAAAUCGCUGAUCGGCUUCAACGACGAUCAGGAUGAACGUUGUCACCGCUUUGAAGUUUUAUGUAACGAGGAUGACAGAAGACAGCGGGCCUGGCAUGAAGGUUCUGCUGAUGGAUAAACAAACUACAAGUAUAGUCAGCCUGCUCUAUAGCCAGUCAGAGAUAUUGAUGAAGGAGGUGUAUCUGUUCGAGCGAAUAGACACCGCCGUGCACAACGACACCUUGAAACAUUUAACGUGUAUAGUGUUCGUGAGGCCGACCAAGGAAAAUGUCGACUUGCUUUGCAAAGAGCUCAGAUAUCCCAAGUACGGAGUGUACUAUAUUUAUUUCAGUAACAUUAUUGCCAAAGCGGACAUAAAACUUUUGGCAGAGAGCGACGAACGGGAGGUGGUCAGAGAAGUGCAUGAGUAUUACGCUGAUUACUUGGCUAUUAAUCCACACUUGUUCUCGCUUGGAAUAAACGCCUGCUCUGAAGGAUUAACUUGGGAUCCGGUGCACUUGCAUAGGACUGUUCAAGGAAUAACUUCUGUUUUACUAUCACUGAAGAAAUGUCCAUAUAUCAGAUACCAAAACAGUUCAGAUAUGGCGAAGAGAUUGGCAGAGAAGAUAAGGGAGGUGCUCAGUAAAGAGUCAAAUUCCUUCGAGUUUAGGCAGGAAUCUAAUCCUCUCCUUCUAAUAGUCGAUAGAAGAGACGACCCUGUCACGCCAUUGCUGAAUCAAUGGACGUAUCAAGCAAUGGUGCACGAAUUACUGACGAUCAAUAACAAUAGAGUUAACUUGUCUCAUGUAAAAGGCAUUUCGAAAGAGCUGAAAGAAGUUGUUCUGAGUGCAGAGCAUGACGACUUUUAUGCAAAUAACUUGUAUUUAAACUUUGGAGAAAUAGGACAAACGAUAAAAGAGUUGAUGGAAGAGUUUCAAAAGAAAGCAAAGAAGCACCAAAAGGUUGAGAGUAUAGCUGACAUGAAACACUUUGUAGAGACGUAUCCCCUUUUCAAGAAACUUUCUGGCACCGUAUCAAAGCACGUUACAGUGGUUGGAGAGCUUUCCUCUUUCGUAGAAAAACACAAUUUGUUGGAAGUAUCAGAAUUGGAACAAGAACUGAGUUGCCAAACCGAUCAUUCCUCGCAGCUACAAAAGAUAAAAGCGCUUAUCAACAAUCAAAAAGUACGAGAUGUAGAUACCGUUCGACUAGUAAUGCUUUAUGCACUGCAUUAUGAAAAACACGCGAGUAAUGAUAUAAACGGAUUAGUAGAGUUACUUAAGAAGAGAAAUGUUUCAGACAAAUAUAUUAAGCUUGUAUAUAAUAUAUUAGAAUAUAGUGGUGUCAACACAAGGCAGAGUAAUUUAUUUGAUCGAGAAGCAGUCGCCAAAAUAACCAAAAAGUUAUUCAAAGGAUUAAGUGGAGUAGAUAAUAUAUACACGCAACAUUGUCCUUUGAUAAAUGAAACGCUAGAGGAUUUGAUAAAAGGAAGAUUAAGUACGCAGGCAUUUCCAUAUCUUGGUAAUAUGAUUAUGUCACGAAGGCCACAAGACAUAAUAGUAUUCAUGAUCGGAGGUACAACUUACGAAGAAAGUUUGACCGUUUAUAAUUUAAAUAAGCAAAAUCCGGGAAUAAAAAUUAUUCUAGGCGGUACCACCAUUCACAAUUUUAAAAGUUUUGCAGAGGAAGUCCAUCAUGCCACCAGUGGCAUCUUAAUGCGAUAUAAAAUCGGAAAAAAUUAAUGAUGUUGAUAUCAUCUUAUUCCAAAAUAUUUAUUUACUUUGUUAUAUAUUUUGCUAUUUAUACAUUUAUGUAAUAUCUCCCUUUCUUUCUCCCUGUGUAUACAAAUAUAGAACUACUCCAUACCAGAACAUUUGAACGUAAAUCACUUCGAAAUAUUGCAUGAAACAGGAUAUUCCCCGUUUAAUAAUUUUAUAUUUUCUAUCUUUAUCGUGAAAACAAUUUUCUUUUUGCUAACUGCUAUUCCUCGUCCUCAUCAUUCAGCAUAUAUUCCAUCGGCACGUCUGUGAUUUCGUCAUCCUUUAGUGGUACCUUCAAUAAAUGUGCAUUAUUUUUUAAAUGUUGCAACAAAUAUAAUAAAUAAUAUAUAACAUA